CCGGGUGGUAUAAAAGGACGAGGAGAGGAUGGCACACACAUAACUGAGAUAAACAAGGUCAAUUAAGCCGCUAUUCAUAUUGCGGCCAUGAAGACCCUACUUUUGGCUAUUGCCUUCGUGGCAAGUGCAGUUGCAGUUCCCUUGGAUUUUACCAGUGGACAAUGUGCUAGGCACUGUACGGAGAGCAGCAAGUUCAAGUAUGACCUAGGCAAAAUUUACACCUACGACUACGAAGCCCUCACGGUAACGACUUUACAAGGAACGUUUAGCGAAGACUCCCAACUGUAUAUUAAGGCCCAGGUUGAGAUCGAAGCUUUAACCAAGUGUGACCUAUCCCUUCAACUCCGACGGGUUAGCUUGGAACAGACCGAUCCCAAAAAUCCAGCAUACCGCCGAGUCGCACCUGAAACUGCCAAGUUCAGAAGAGAUCUAGAACAAAAUACUCUGCGUUUUUCAUUCCAAGAUGGCCGCAUAGAUACCCUCUGCCCAACUGAGAAUGAGCCUGCGUGGGUGCUUAACAUCAAGAGAGGGGUGCUCUCUAUGAUCCAGAAUUCUAUGAAUGAUCUCUACACCAAUGAGAACACCACAGAGACCGAUGUGGCAGGAAAGUGCAGUGUGGAAUAUAUGUUUACCGGCCGUGGAUGGUCGACAGUCAACGUAAAGAAAUACAAGAACUUGGCUACUUGUAGUAGCCGUGGAAACAGUGAGAGCACGGUGCAGACCACUCCUUUCAGUGCAGAUAUGCCAGGAAAAUCGCUUCCUUUACUGAGAGGUACUCAGGAAUGUGAACAAUCCUUCCGUAACAAUAGAGUGGACUCUGUGAAAUGCACAGAGGCACACGUCUUCAAGCCUUUCUCCCGCCAUGAAAAAGAUGCUGUUACAAAAUCCGUCCAGAAACUUACCUUCAACACAGAACGCCAGGGGUCCUUCACUGGCAAUGACUACCGACCUACCCGUCAUGACCUGUUAUUCGACCACAGCUACACUGAGCCAACAAAUCAGUUGAAAGAACGAGAAGCAGAACAAGUAAUGGUAGAACUCUGUGAGGCAGCUACCAACGACAUUCGUCCAUCUGUUCCCGCCAAAUUCUCUCGCUUGGUGUACAAACUCCGAGAACUUGAUUACCAAACUCUUUAUUCCAUCUAUAAGCGUGCUGACAGUAUUUGUCGUGGGAACAAGAAUGCAAGGCAGUUCGUUGUUGACGCUAUCCCCGCGGUCGGUUCCACAGCAUCAAUUCGUUUGAUCAAAGAACUCGUCACUAAGAAGGAGAUUUCCGACUCCGAAGCUAAUAUGUGGCUAUCUUCACUGACAUUUGUACCAAAACCAACAGCAGAAAUGAUUGGAGAGCUCGUUCAUAUAAUGGAUGGAAGUUAUGGCCAAGCCAUCCUGGGUGUUUCUUCUCUCGCUCACACUUUCUGUCGAUCUCAUGAAGACUGUGGCAGUGUGCCAGAAAUGAAGCGCUUGGUGCGACGUCUAGUUGCCAAUCUUGGAAAUAAAUGCCUUGCUCAAGAUUCCAAAACGGUCCUGCUGUCCCUGAAAGCUAUCGGAAAUAUUGGAGUGGAUGAAGAUGUGGUGGAUAUCCUUCAUGACUGCUACUCUAAUCCUCAACUGGACAUUGAAACCAGACUUACUGCCAUCCAGGCUUUCCGCCGUUUCUCGUGUAGCAUCUCGCGAGAAAACCUUCUGAAAGUUUACACCAACUACAAUGAAAAUACUGAGCUUCGUAUCGCUGCUUAUAUGAAUGUCAUGCGCUGUCCCAACUUACACGUCAUCAACAUCAUUAAGGAGACGCUGGAGAAAGAAGUGGUUAACCAAGUCGGUUCUUUCGUUUGGACACAUCUGACCAGCAUUCAAGAAACCUCCAACCCCAUCAAACAGGACAUCAAAGAUAUCCUCUUUAAUGUUUACCUUAUGAACAAAUUCAACACAGAUAUCCGUAAAUUCUCUCGCUACUUCGAGGGCUCUUUCUUCAUGGAUUCUAUUAACAGUGGGGUUCACGUAGAUGGUGACGUCAUCUUCACCCCAGAGUCAUACCUCCCCCGUUCAGGAAUGUUGAACUUGACUGUUGACUUGUUUGGAAACAGCUUGAAUCUCUUUGAGAUUGGUGGCCGCAUGCAAGGUAUGGAAGAAUUGGUUGAACGAUUCUUUGGCCCUGAGGGUUACUUCCCCCAGAAAACUGUGGACAAGAUGCUGAAGAAAAUCCGAGAAAAGAGGUCCAUCAAAGACAACAAGAUCGAUGAACUGGAAGCUGUGUACAAUGCCAAUUCACAAUUUCCCAAAGACGUUUCUGGCUCUAUCUACAUGAAAAUGUUUGGAAACGAGCUGUUUUAUUCUCGUUUGGAAGAACUAGGAACUGCAUCCCAAACAGAGAGUCUACUGGACAUGGUUAUGAAGCUUGCCAAAGAGCAAGACGUCGAGUUUACCAAGAGCUUCAUGUUCUUAGACACAACUUACACCAUCCCAACCAGCAGUGGUCUACCUCUUCGGUUGGCUGUCAACGGAACUGCCACAGUUGGACUCAAAAUGGGUGGCAGGUUUGAUGUCCGUUCGUUUAGGCUUGUGGACGUACGCGGUCAUCUUCAGCCAAGUGGUGCUGUCGAACUCUCCACUUUGAUGACAGUCGAUGCUAAUGUAGCUCAGUCGGGUCUUAAGGUGGCCGCUGUACUUCAUUCUUCCACAGUUAUGGAUGGUUUGGUAGAGGUCAAAGAUGGCAAGGUACUCCGCGUACAGGUGAACGUGCCUCGUGACAACAUCGAGAUUGUAGAUAUCCAGAGCAAGAUUUACUUGGUCCAUGGCGAUGAAGAACAAGAAGCAAGAGGGAAGCAAGAAAAUCGAGUCGAAGUCAGCAAGUGUACCAGUAAAUAUCUUGGCCGAAUGCUUGGAAUGGAAUUGUGUGGGGAGAUGAGUUUUCCUGUUCCACGUGGGAGAAGGAAUGACGCUCCACUGUUUCCUUUCAGCGGACCAGCCUCCAUUAAACUGUCUCUUCGCAAGGCUGACCCUACUCUAACAAGCUACAACUUCGAAGCAAGUCUAAGAAACGAUCAGGUGGGCAGGGAUGAAUACAUUCGCCGAGCCGUUAUGUCUUUCAACACACCUCAGUCUUCUAUUGAUCGCGAAAUGACCAUUGACGUACAACUCAAUCAACAAGAAAAGUCUUUUGACUUUAAACUAAGAAGUCCCUUCAAAAAAUUUGGAGUAAAUGCUAAAUACAACAUUGAUAAAACCGAAAAGAAAAUUGACAUCCGGCUCACCAUGGAUGACAAAGAACAACUUACGGUUGUAACCAGUAUAAGCGCUGACAGAAGUAGCACAUCCUUACGGCUUACACCCUAUCUUGAGGUUAGAAUUCCUAGCCGACGACUUGUGUACACCAAGGGUUAUGUUGCUAUGGUUUACGGUAAAAAAUACAGUGGACAACUUACCAUCCAAGAUCUUACCGAAAAACCGAUUGUAAUGAAAGGAGAUUUAGACAUCAAGGACCGUGAUAGCUACGAAGGAGAAAUUGGUAUCAGUUCCUACUUUCUAGAUACAACUGUUAAAGGAAAUAUGAACAUCGGAUCAUCAGUAUUCACCAAAUUGGCCGUAGAAUACCAAAUUUUGGAUGGACAGCGUGAGAACUUUGAUAUCACAGGCAAGUUCCGUGACUUUUCAGCAAACUCUCUCACUAAAUACACUGGUGCUAUCACGUUGCAAAGUACUGCCAGGCCAGAAUACGCCACUGCGGUAAACUGGGAAAUGCAAAGUACUGACGGUCACCUGGAAAAUCUCUUCGAUGUAUCCUUUGGUGAUGGACGCCGAAUAGAAGUUCACAAAAUAAAAAUCCAGGAAAUUCUGCGCUACGAAGGGUCAUUGGCCGAUAACAGAAUUGCAGCUACUUUGAAAUUCCAGUAUCCUCAACGUGAUAUCGAUUAUGUUCUACGCUUAAAGCACAGAAAUGAUGCCAAUUCCCUGUCCAAUACCCUUAAUAUCAAAUACAGUGGAAGGAGAGAAAUUACGUCUGCUAUAGAACUGAGCAAAGAUAACACCCGUUUCCUUCAACUAAAAGCGGAUGCCCAACUUCAGUAUCCCGGUAGAGAGAUGAGGUUAACUGGAGAAGUUUCCGAAAACAACCGUAAUGAUUACCACGUCUCCAUCAAUGGACAGUGGCAAAAGGCACAGGUGAAAAUGACGGCCAGUUACAAGAACAAAAGUGACCGAUACCAGCUAAGGCAUGAAGGUGAUGUUGAAAUUAUACUUCCACGCACAAGUCCCAUCAAUAUUGCUGGUUACCUUCGUGCUGGACCAGGACAAUAUGCAGUUACAACUAAUAUGGAAGUAGCUAGAAAAAAAUUUAGUCUACAAGGUGAUUAUUCAACAACUUCUGUUUGGAACCAUAGGAUUUCUGGUAUGUUAAUUUUCCCUGGUAAUUCUUAUUCUACUGUUGCUGCUCUUGAAGGUAGCCGCAAUGGUAUGAAAGCCAGUUUUGACACCAACCUUGAAGGUAUCCGCCAUAUCACUGGGACUGUAGACCUUACAAGCACCAAGGUCAUGAAAACUGGUUCUCUGGACUUGAAAUGGGAUGCUGACCGUAACCAGGACAAACGAAUAACCGUUGACACUGAAUAUCAAAAUAUGGCUACUGGACAAACAGGCACUAUCACUGUUAAAGUUUUCAAACGUACAGUGAAGGCUUCUUUUAACAAUGAGAUUGAUAACCGCUUCACAAAGGGAAUCUUCAAACUAAACACCCGUGGUGAAUUGGAGUGGGAGCCCUAUAAAAAGGUCACCAUGGAGGUUAAAUCUGACAAUUACAUCUCAUCAAAUAAACGCAAAAUUCGAACUGAUAUCACUGUUACAACUCCUUUUGAUGGAUUUCAAAGCAAUAUUGUUCAUCUAAGCCAUAGUGAUGAUAGCCAAGAAUGGAAAAAUGCUUUUGCUGUAGAACAAAAUUCUAGAAAAACCACACUAACGUCUGAAGGACGAUAUUACAACAAUCGAGCUAGUUGUUUCUUACAAAGUACUGUCAAAUUUUACAAUCCAAACCAGGAACGAAUACAAAUGGACAUCUAUCAUGAGAUGAGCACUUCUGAUAUGUCUAAUAAGUUGGAAUUCCAAUGGGGAUAUGCUAGAAAAAUCAGUGCUGGAAUGCAUGGGUCUCUUAUUGGUUCAGGUAUUCGUGGAGGGGUCAACUUUACCAGCCCAUUUGAAACAUUCAGAGACCUUUCUGCUUCUAUUUUACAUACUCAAGAUCAGCAUCAUGUGAAGUCACAGGUAGAGAUACAGUGGGAUGUGCAAAAGAAAAUAUCAAUUGAUUUUGAUGGGAAACAUUCUCUUACAAACAAUAAACGUACCUGCUCAAUCAAAACUGAAGCAAAAACACCAUUUACUGGUUUUGAAUCUGCUUUGACCAACAUUGUCUACACCAAUGAUGGUAGGAAUGUUAAUGUAGAUACGGAAAUGAACUGGAAUUAUAAGCGAGUAUUGUUUGGUAUACAGGGAUCCAAUAAAAACACUUAUUAUAAUACAAAUGUCAAUGGAAAAGUUUACUUUACAAGUCCUUUCCGUGGGUAUGAAAACAUUGAGUGCAGUGGUUUGUAUGAAACUUACAGAAAUGCAUUUAAAACAAACAUUGAAGCAAUUCUUCCAGGUAGACAAAAAGUGUCUGUUGCCAGUGAAGGGACAUUUAGAUCAAUAUCUGAUGCAACCAUCAAGCUUCUUGCCACUACACCCAUUCAUAACUUGGAGCGUAUUUCUUUUGACUUUUCCCACAGGUUUAGUGACAACUUGAAAACUGUUGGAGAAUUAACUUAUGGAACCCGCAAGAUAACAAUGGACCUUAGUGGAACUCAUUCAAUCAGUUAUGGUGAACAACGUUUGAAUGGUGCCCUUGUAUUCACCACUCCAUUUGUUGGACUUGAAGAAGCAAAAAUAACUAUUGCCCAUGAUAACAAUCAACAGGAUAGAUUUAACAGUCGUCUGGAGGCUUCUUAUAAUAGAAACUCUUUUCAAGUUGUGCAUAAAUUUACUCUUCAGGACUUUUUAAACUUCCAAUCUGAAAUGGAAAUCUUUACUCCAUUUGAGAAUUUCAGAUCUGCUAAAACAUUGACCAAACAAUCUUUUAAUUCCAAUGCAUUUAAACAUAACUCAAACUUUAUUCUCAAUAGACAAGCUCCAGUUGACAUCUUGGUGGAAUUUCUAAAUGACCACGAGAGGAAAGGGCAGAAUAUUGAAGCUCGUUUGAAACUUUUAACUCCAUCAGAUACAUUCAAAUCUCUGCUAAUCGAAGCUACCUAUGAAGACAAUAGCCGUGAAUACAAGCCAAGGCUUGAAAUCCAGUGGAAUGACUCUAAGAAAAUUACUCUGGAUGGACAUCUGACAAAUGAUAGAAUGCAGAAAGUUGAAGGAAGUAUUAUCUACACUAGUCCUUUUUAUGGAUAUGAGGAGAUUACUCUUUCAGGAAUGUAUGACCUUACAAGCAGAAAGAAGACUGGUGAGCUCUCUCUUGAUUAUGCCCCCCAAAAAAAUGGUAAGCUGUUACUUAGUGGAUUUUUAUUUGCAGACAGAGGAAGAGGAGAAGCUGAGCUGAUUUUCAGAAGUCCAAUUCGUAACUAUGAAGAACUAAUUGCUUAUGGAAAGUAUACUUCUGGCCGCAAUGAGAAAAGUGGAGAAAUUUCCUUCCAGUGGCCUAAAGAUCUAAAAACGAGAGUUUAUGCAGAAUAUAGUCAUGAAAGAAAUGGCAUUGAGUCUUCCGUUUCUUUUAAUAGUCCAUUUCAAGGGUAUGAGACAUUCCAAGCUGAAGCUAAAGCUAAUAUAGACCAAAAUAAGAAAAUGUUUCAGAGCACGCUGACAUGGGGAGCUGGAAAGAAAAUUGACUUUUCUUCUGAAUAUGAAAUCACGGGUAAUCUGUUUACCACUGCUUUGAUACUUCGUACCCCAUUCCAAGGGUAUGAGGACAUGGCUGUGAAUGGACGCAUCCAGGAAAAUUAUUAUGGAUAUGAAGGACUUCUUACUACAACCUGGGCACCUACAAAACAAAUAAGCAUCAUAGGCAAGGUUAAACAUAAUGGUUUCAUUCCUAAUGAAAUCAUUGUUAACAUCAAAACCCCAUUCUCCUCUUACAAUAACAUAAAAUUUUCAUCCACUAUGAAGAAUUUGGGCAGGAGUCUUUCAUUGAAUUCUAAUUUUAACUGGAAUAGUGAAAAAUAUGACAUGAAUAUUCUUUUUGAUAGAAUUGGAAGACAGGCUCUGGAAGUGAAGUUUAAUUUAAAUACUCCAAAUCCUGACCAUAAAAUAAGUAUUGAAGGACGUUUUAAUGGAAAUAAUGCUCAGAAAAUAGAAGGCAGCAUCAAAUUUACAACUCCCUUUGAGACAAUUAGCCCAGUAGAUAUAAGUGGAAGCCUGUAUGAUUCUGGAGAAGGAAAAAAAUUGUCUGUUAAUGGAAACAGUAAGAACAAUCGAUUUUCCAUCACUGGAGAACUAAAUAAUAACAGAAACCGUCGCAUUACAGGUAAAUUGACACUAGACUUACCAUUUUUAUAUUCUUCAAACAUUGAUAUGGGUUUUGAUAUCAAGAGCGACUGGAAUAGCCAAUUUGAAGCCUCAGCCAAGAUAACAGCAGGAUCAUCAGUGCAUGGAAUAAGAGUAUUAUUAAAGAAUUCCAACGUUAUUAGGGAGUUGGUAUUUGAAAUUGAAUCUUCUCUGCUGUUUGCCAAUAAAGUAACACUGGAAUUAGAGCUUACAUCUAACCCUAAUGCCUACAACACAGCUUUAAAAUUGUAUACACCUUACGUUAGUCACCGUUUUACUGGAAGCUUGCAAAAGAUUCAACAGAGUUACAGUGUUGAGGGACAUUUUGAAAGUCCAAUUGUUAAAAAUGGACCUUUCAGCUUUGAUGCUACCUAUUCAAGUGAAGGAUAUGAAGAGAUAAAACUAGAUAUCAACUUGGGUACCAAAUUUGAUAAGCAUAGUUUGAAGGUGGUGUAUGGUUAUGGCAGAGAUAUAGUUGUGCUUUCUGGAAAAGUCGAGAGCAGCCUAUUGGUAGGACGUUCAGCUGAAUUUGAAGGAAAGUACAUUAACAGUAAUGAUCGUGAGUUAGAAACCUUGCUGAAAUUGACUACUUCUUAUUCUUCUCACACUGCUUCAGGAACCCUAAAGCUGUAUGAUACAGAAAUUGAGAGCAUAGUAAGAAUAGAAACACCAUUUUUCAAUCCCAAGUCUCUAACAAUCACCAGCAAGUUUCUAAAUAAAAACUAUGAAGUUAUGGAAGGCAAUUUUCUGAUUAAGACUCCUGCAAGUGAAAUGCGUGUGGCUGGAAACAUACGUAACAGUGGCUGGAAGGGAAUUGAGGCUUUUUUCACAAUCAACACUCCAUUUGAGAUCUUGAAAAUGGCAAGAGCUGAUAUAAAAUUUCUUAAUGAAAACUUUAAGAACAUAGAGGGGUCUUUUAUUGCCCAGACUUCCACCUAUACCUUCCCCAAGAUAUCAAUUUCUGGCAAAAUUCGCCAUAACACCGGUAUGUAUGAUGUUUCCAUCAACACCAAGCUUCCUUUCCGAAGAUAUAGCAACAUUAAUCUUUUGGCCACUCUACAUCACAACAAUGACAUGACCUUUGUUAAUCCCAGGGUUACUUUUACUCUUCAACAAAACCAAUAUACAGUCUACUCCAACUAUAGGUAUUUUGGUCAGAACCUAGUAGCAACUGUAGGUUAUGAACUGAAUGAGAAGCCUCAGAUAGAGUUUUCAACCACAGUCAAGUUCACCCCUGAUAGCUGGAAUAGUGAGAUUACCGUUAAGACUCCUUUCCGUGGCUAUGAGAACUACAAUUUGGGCAUAAACUAUGCAAUUGAACAAGAACUCUAUAAUAUUCGUGUUAUUUUUAAGGACUCUGUGUACAGGACAUCAGUUGCCAACAUGUCUUUCCGUUACAGUGAUUCUACCAAUAUGGUAGGAGAUAUUACCAUUACUACACCAUUCCGUGGAUGGGAGAACAUUGCAACAAACUUUAUUCUGCAAGGCACUUCUAAAAGGUUUCUCAGCAAUUUCCAGCACAGUUGGGGAAACAACCAGAAAAUUGUUUUUAACUUUGAGAACAAAAUUAACAAUAAAGGGUACUCAGGAGAGCUUAAGAUCAUUUCUCCUUUACAAAUACUCAAAAACACCAACGUUGAAUACAAAGUUCUUAACAACGAUAACAUGAAGAGUGAGGUAGAAAUUACUUAUAACAGUCGUAAAGUCUUCAAUGUAGAGACAUCAUCUGUGUACGAAUCUCAGGGUUACCACAGAAGUAUGAAUGUACAGCUCCCAUUAGCUGGCGUUGGUUUUGCUUUUGAUGCCAAGUCUCAAGAAGCUGGAAUAGAAAUGAAAGUUGAGACUAACAUCCCGUCUAGAAAAAUGGUUUUUCAUACUAUCUACCAAAGUACCUGGUCGCACUUUAGUCAUGCCACUGAAUUCACUUGGGAUGUAGAAGCUCGUCGCACCAUCUCUUACGAAGCCAGGCUAGUAGAAUCAUCCAAACGAGGUAUAGACAUCUUUGGUAAAUUGAAUCUUCCCAGUCGUACCUUUGAGCUUAAAGGAGAAACUGAACCUCUUCAAAAUGGUAAAAAUAUCAACAUAGAGUUUUCGUGGGAUGCAGCUAGAGACAUAAACAAGCGAUUGGGUCUUGGCUUCGAGUAUGAAGAUAAAAGUGGAAGAACUGUAACAGCCUACAAAGUUCAGAUGACCAUGAAACACCCUCGUCUGUCUAAGGAUCUCGUCGUUCUUGGAGAUAUCUCGGUUUCUUCAUCUGCGUUGUAUGCCAAAGCGGAAGUAGACUACUCUAGAUAUCACCAGAAUAAGAUAGUUGCAGAGGUCAGAGGUAAGAAUAUCCAGAGCUGGGGAGAGUCUAAGUAUACCAUUGAAGCCAAUGCCAGACAUCCAGUCACCAACAUUGACAUCUCAAUAAAUGGUCAGCUCGUAAACAAUAAUGAUGAAUACGUUUUCGACAUGAAGUUUGACUACCUUGAUCGCAACAGAAUGAAACGCGUCCAAGAACUGAAGACAAAAAUAAUGAAGCUGCGCCAGGAAAUCCACUUUGAGAUGAAAGCCGGUGACAAUCGGGUAAAAAUGCUUGGUCGCAUGUUUAACAGAGAUCAUGAGUUCACAGUUGCUUUAGAACAGCAGCUGAAUAGCUACAGCCCUGUUCACUCUCACUUUCGGUUGAGCAAAAGACACAUGAACAUGGAUCUGAACAUCACUACGCCAGAAAACAACGGAAUUCAUAUGAGAGCCGCCCUACCUGAGGAUGCAGCUCAUUUCCAGGUCAACCACAUCAAUCAUGGCAAGUCUGUUUCUGACGUUCUGUUUGACUUUGGUUUAGAAGAGUCUAAGGUGCUUAGAAGCCGUAUCACUUGGAGGCCAGAAAUGAUGGAUGAUGUUAAGGAGGUAGUAUCCACCAAUUACGAACGUUUCAACGAGAUGUAUUCAUCCACCAUGAAAGAUGUCUACGACGAGGUGUCUCAGGAAUUCAACUCCAAAACAUCUUUAGUGAAGAGGUCUGUGGCUCAGGAACUGAAACCUUUCUACAGGGAAAUGCAACAAGAUAUUUCUAACUUACAGAAUGAAAUGAGACUAGUCAGUAAAGAGCUGUAUAAAAUGUACAGAAAGAAUGAAUUCUACAUCAAAGAUAUCAUCGAUGGUAUUGAAAUAGUUACAGAGUCUGUUUGCUCCGUCAUCUCUAAAAGCGGUGAGAUUUUGUACAACGGCAUCGUAACGACUGGGCGUGUCUUCACGGACGUAUUCCGUUACAUUUCCGAAAAAUCCAACUUAAUUUUGGAAACCAUUGUUGACAUUUACGGACGUGCUUUCUACGGGGCAGUUCGUGUUAUCAGGGAUUUCAGCAUUAAUAUCUAUGAAUGGACAAAACCAAUCAUCACCUAUUUCACUGAUUUCAGCCAUCUGAUCGUGCGAAACACUGAAUGGCUCAUCCACCGAUACGCUCCAUUUGUGGAAACAUAUUUUUCAAGACUUGUUACUUCAUAUGUUGAGAUGAUGGAUAUACUGAGAGAUUAUGCUGAUUACCUGGCUGAGGAGGUUUACAGUCACCCUUACUAUAUUGCUCUGAAUAACUACAUCAACAGGGUUAAAGCCACUAUAGUUGCUUUCCGUCGUAGUUACUACUCAAAUAUAUACAAUAACUUAAAACAAGGACUCAGCACGUCUGUAUCGUCUCUCUCAAGUUACUAUACCCACUUUCAUCGUCACCCCCAUGUAGAGUCAAUUAAAGAAUUUUCUAGAAGCACAUACAACAAGGGAAUCGAAGCUGCCAAGUAUUUUGGACUUGACGAUAUGAUCGACACCAUCUACCAUCAGUUGAAAGACAGUGCUUUGGAAUCAGUCAAAGAACUCGUACAGGAUUGGUCCAGUAUGGUUGCAGGUUUCAGCUAUACCUUCAAACCAGAACGAGGUCAAAUGGGAUUCGACAUUAUACUACCAGCCACUCAUAAAAACCUUCGAGACGUACUGGAUAUCACCAGCUACCCCAUCUAUCAGCACCUUCAGGAUCUCAAGUAUAAACUGAUCAGUGGAGAUUUCUAUGUGUGGGAUAGAUAUUACACCAUCAUACGAUUCCUGAACCCCAAGAACUGGAUCCCUCCAUUCACAGCUCACGCCAUGAUUGUUGGAAACGACCACUACAUCACCUUCGACAAGUUCCACUUCGAUUUUGCUGGGGAAUGUAGUUACCUAUUAGCAAGAGAUUUUACUGAUGGAAAUUUCACCGUGGCCAUCACAUACACCCGUGACAACUACAGGGUCGUUAAGAAGUCUCUAACAGUAAUAACAGAUGAUGCUAAGAUUGAGAUCAGCCCAGACUACAAAGUAACUGUAUCUGACACCAAGGUAGAACUACCUGUGGAAAUUGGCGAGAUUGUCGCUAAGAGAGAGGAAAACACCGUGCAUAUCCAUUAUGCUCGUGGCAUCGACGUUCGUUGCAAUUUCAUCCAUGACAUUUGUACUCUUGAGAUGUCAGGUUUCUACUUUGGUAAAACCGCUGGCCUCUUUGGUACCUAUGACAACGAACCUCAACUGGACAUGAUGACUCCUGAAAGAAAACUGGUCGACCAACCUGAAAGGUUUGCAAACAGCUGGCAGAUUGGGUCUGCUGUCUGUCGUCCUGCCUCUCCUAAAAGAGCAAACGUGAUCACUGAAGAAGCUAAAGAAAGGUGCAAUGAGAUCUUCCACGACAGUAGCUCUAACCUCAGACCUUGCUUCCAACAGGUUAAUCCAGAACCAUAUUUUGACAUGUGCGUCAGAGAUCUCUCAGAAGUUGACAUCCAUCGAAAAUCGGACUCCAUUUGUAAAUCUUCUGCAGCUUAUAGGACUCAUUGUAAUUUUGCUGGCGUGAAAGUAAAAAUGCCCAAAUCUUGUGUACGAUGUGAAAGUUAUGAUGGUACCGUCCUACUGGAGGGAGAAACGUCUGUGAUCAAGAAAGUGCCUACCAAAGUAGCAGAUGUUGUGUUCAUCGUAGAGGAGAAAGCAUGCAACAAAGAUGUGAUGCCAAUGCUUGGUAAGAUGGCUCGAGGGGUGGACAGCAGUUACCGACAGAAGGGUUACAGUGACGUACGCUACGCUGUUGUUGGGUUUGGAGGUGACGGAGUUCAUGGUCCCCCCCAUAUCCACACUAGUGAUGGUCAAGUAUUUGCCAGCAUCCGGUCUAUCGACUCAGCACUAAGUAGUCUAACCAUCGGCGACGGCCCAAGUAACAUCUUCCACGCCAUCCGUUUUGCUGCUCGUCUUCCGUUCCAUGCUGGAGUCACCAAGACUUUUGUUCUUGCCAAAUGCACUACUUGUGAAGCUGAAGACAUGAAGGCUGAUUACAGUGAAAUCCUGCAGACUUUAUUGGACAGUGAGAUCACCCUCCACAUACUGAUGGACCAUGAAUUCGAGAUGAAAUCAGCUUCUAAAUCGAAGAAAGCAAAACGGUUGCUAGGGUUGGACAUCAAUUAUGCCUACUCACUAAAAGAUGCCAAAGACAAGAACUUGAAGGGAGAUAAAGCUAUCCGUUCACAAGUGAAGAUUCCCAAAGAUCAUUGCGUUCCGUUAGCUCUGGAAUCAAGGGGGUCAUUCUUCAGCACAGAAAAGCUGACAAACAACGCGAAAAAGGCAAAGAAAUUCAUCGAUGUCAUAACCCGUCGUAUGGCUGUGACUGCAGAACAGUCAGAGUGUCAAACUUGUGGAUGCAUUGCAACUGAAGAUGGUGUAGGCAAGAUGAUGUGCCAAGCUUGUGUCUCCAAUCCUGUAAUAGUGAGGGAUAUUCCCAUCUAUAGUAACACGGAAGUUGGUGAUAGUAGCAGUCAAGAGGUAGAUGAAGACGAUGAUAACCAGAAUGACGAUUUUGAGGACUAUAUGGACCUACCUCUGCAGGUGAAGAAACGCAAGAUGUGGAAGGAGUACUGAGCUUCUGAAGCAUCAGAAAAUCUUAGCUAUUCCUAUAAGUUGUGAUUAUAAUGUCAUUUAAUCUUAUGUUUAGUUCCAAGUAAUGUAAGAAUUUCAUAUGUAACCUACUCAUCGUAGUGCAAUGUUUGUUUCAAUGAUCAUUAUGAUGAAUAAUGUAAAAUCAUAUAUCAUAAACUAAUUCAAUAGCUUCACUAUACUAUGAUGCCCAAACAAUGCAAGUAUCUAUUAUAAUAAUUAUUUUCAACGUAUUGUAUCAAUAUUUUAUGAAAUGUGUUUGUAAAAUUUGAAAAUAUAUUGUGUAACUGGUAUGUAAUAAAUCAUACUCAUUGUCUUUACAGCAUGUAUUUAUAAUCUGACAAGAAAAGCCAAUAAAAUAAUUUACAAAUUUA